AUGCUUAUCACCGGCAUCAUCCUCGCCCCGGCAGCCAUGGCCACGCCAGCCGUACACGACCUCGCCGAUCUGCAGAGCGUCAUCGAUGCGGCGGCGAGUUCGAUCGGGGACCCGAACAAUCCCAACCGUGGCUUUGGCUUCAAUCUCUUGGGCGGCAGUGGCCAGAUGGGCACUGCUGAUCUCGUCAAUAACAUCACCAAUUCUAUCCUGAGGGGAAAGUUUCAAUUCGAUACAAACAAGACCACAUGGCUCGAUCUCCCCUCCCCCUCCGUCAAUAAGACCACAAACCCCAUCCAACUCAACCCCACGCUCCCCAUAACAGCCAGCCUAGCCCAACCCACAAUCCUCCCCACCACGAUCCCCACGCUCGAAAACCUCACCAUAAACCUCACCGAGCCAUACAUGGCCUACGUGAAAUCCAUUCCCGACCUGAGCACCAGUCUCAUAACCCUCGGCCGCAGCUUCCACCGCGAGAUGAACGCACCCGUCAGCGACGCCAUCGCCGGCCUAGAACAAAGUCUCACUACUUUCCAAACCACACUCCUCGAGGACAACCUCAUCUCCGCUCAGGCCGUUAUACGCACUAUUAGGGCGAGUGGUAGCUUGGCGAAUGCUCAGAUCGCUUGGUCGCGUUUCCUCAAUCUGCCUGGUGGCGGGAGCAGCGAUGCAGAUGCUGCGGAGCCAACGGCGCCCUUGGGUGCUGGGGGGUUGACAGGGAAACGGGCUGUUGGUUGGAGGAGGCCACCGCCGAAGGAUGGUCAAUUUUAUACGCAUCAGGAGCUUUGGAAUAGAUCGGUGGUGCAGACGGAGCAGUCAACUCAAGGUAGCACCGGGGUGAGUGGCGUUGUUGUGCAAGUGGAAGAGCAAGACACAUAUACGCAGCAGUCUGCUAAGAAUGCUCGGGUUGGCAGACCGUUUGUCGUCUGA